UCAGUCCCUGGGCGCUUGCUGGCUAGGGUGGCUGGGACCGUUAGCUCGCCAGGCUGGCAGGCUCCGGGCCGCUACUCCACUGGCGGCCGGGAUGGAGACGAUGCGAGCGCAGCGGCUUCAGCCUGGAGUGGGCACAAGCGGGAGGGGUACUCUACGAGCGCUUCGGCCUGGAGUGACUGGGGCCGCCGCUACCACCGCCACACCCCCAGCAGGCCCCCCGCCGGCCCCACCGCCCCCUGCACCGCCCCCGCCGCCGCUCCUCCUGUCGGGGGCCCCUGGGCUGCCGCUGGCCCCCGGCGCCGCCGGCAGCCCCGCGGUGCUACGGGAGGCCGUGGAGGCCGUGGUAAGGAGCUUCGCCAAGCACACGCAGGGCUAUGGCCGAGUGAAUGUGGUGGAGGCACUUCAGGAAUUCUGGCAGAUGAAGCAGUCUCGUGGGGCUGACUUGAAGAAUGGAGCUCUAGUGGUUUAUGAGAUGGUUCCCUCCAACAGUCCUCCCUAUGUCUGCUAUGUCACCCUGCCUGGGGGAAGUUGCUUUGGGAGUUUCCAGUUUUGCCCCACAAAAGCUGAGGCCCGGCGGAGUGCUGCAAAGAUUGCACUAAUGAAUUCUGUGUUUAAUGAACAUCCUUCCCGAAGAAUCACUGAUGAGUUUAUUGAGAAGAGUGUCUCUGAGGCCCUGGCAUCUUUCAAUGGCAACAGGGAGGAAGCUGACAACCCAAAUACAGGGAUUGGUGCCUUCCGAUUCAUGUUGGAAUCCAACAAGGGCAAGUCAAUGUUGGAGUUCCAGGAGUUAAUGACAGUUUUUCAACUGCUACACUGGAAUGGCAGCCUUAAGGCCAUGAGAGAAAGACAGUGUUCUCGGCAGGAAGUGUUGGCUCAUUAUUCACACCGGGCCCUGGAUGAUGAUAUUCGCCACCAAAUGGCAUUGGACUGGGUGAGCCGGGAGCAGAGUGUGCCAGGGGCACUGUCUAGAGAGCUGGCCUCUACUGAGCGGGAGCUCGAUGAAGCCCGGCUGGCCGGCAAGGAGCUGCGCUUCCACAAGGAGAAGAAAGAUAUUCUCAUGCUGGCUGCUGGGCAGUUGGGCAAUAUGCAUUCUUCCAACUGCUAGGCAUCCACCCACAUACUCCCCAUGCUCUCCAGGCCCUUUUUUUAUAUGUCCUUUCUAAGACUUAGUAUGAUUUCUGUACAUACUUUCUUAAUUUUAUACUUUAAAAUACAGAUAUAUAUAUAUAGAUAUAUAUAUAUAUAUGUAUAAAUUCUACAUCUGGAUUCCUGUUUGCUAAGAGAUCCCUUUUCUUACUUCUAGUUUUUGGAUAUAGUUUCAUUUGAAACAUCUCCACUCCACUUUACAAGAAGAGCAGCCUGUCUUUGGAGCUUUCUUAGCUCUUACACUAACAGUAAUUCUGUGUAGUCAUUUCAGUAGCACAAAAUGAUUGACUAAGUGUUCAUGUCUCCUUCUUUUAAAAUAACAGGGAGCUUGAAUAAGGACUAUGUGCCCCAUCCUCACCCUCAUUCCUGCUUUUUCUUGGACUCAAACAGGGUAUGAGUGUGAGGCCUUCUUCGGCUUUGAGCUGGGCCUACGUGGUACCAAGUUGUUCCUCCAGUAACUAGAUAUUUUCCUAGCCUCCACCUCCCCCUUCCCACCACUACCUUACUCCUCCUCUGCCUCCAAAUGGUACUUCAUGUUGAGGCUUCCUUACUUUAUCAUUUGGAAGGAAGUGGAGAUCUGGUUUCUUAUUUUUAAGAUCAACCCUGAGAAUAUGUUCAGGAACAAGAGAGGAAUUACAAACAGAAUUCUCAAGGGUUUAUCAUCCAAGUUGCUCCUGGGGCAUAGAUACCAUAUCAUCCUGGUAGUCCAGAUUUCUGGAUGUACUCUACAGAAGGGGUCAGGGUUAAAGUUGCUUAUCUUUCAACAUUCUCUUUUCACUCCUCCUUCCCUUGUCACCCAGCUUAGUUAAGCCCUGUAUUUAGACCUUCCUGCCUGCAGAGAUUAGCAGGAGGUUAAACAUAUUCCCCUCCUCUCUCUCCUCCCAUCAUUCAGCUCUUUGGAAACAUUUUCUGUCCGGUUUGGUGAGGGCCAUGUUCCUCUUACGUCCACAAAGUUGCUGCUGUUUACAACCUUAGAUGUGCAUACCUUAGAUUCACAUGUUUUCUCUCUUUUCUUCACAUUGAUUAUUAGAGCAUGAGUUGAUCAGGAAAAUUAGAUGGCAUCGUGGCACAUCCUAAUUGGAACCUUGGGAGACUGCAGGAGGGGAAAGAUAAUCAAUGAUCAGCUCUUUGUGUUUUUAGUGGUGUUCUCUUCCCCCACCUCUCUCGGGUGAUGUAGGAGAGAAAUGAUCUGGAGUACAGCUAAAACAUUCCCCUUUGGGAGAACUUUUUGUAGGUUUUUCUAAGAUAUAUUUUCCCCUUGUUUCUGUAAUCUCCUUUAUACUAUAUUAUAGCUCAGUCCACUUUCUUGGGAAGUUUAAUGUUCAUGCAAUUGGACUUUUCAUUUAACAAUUUUAUACUUUGCUUUUAGAAAUAGGUUAGGAAACAGGCGAAAAUUUGUUCUUUUGGAUCAGAUAGGGACAAGAUAAAAAUCAGCUUUUUUGUUUUUGAAAUGAUCUUGGUAACCAGUGCAUAGGGGAUCAGAAAUAAGGAAUCUAGCAACAAUUGUAUUAGUGCUUGAAAAGGACUUCCUUGAAUUCUUGAAUCCCCAUUCUGUAUUCCAUGAAGCACCUGUAGGACUGGAGUAGAGGAUCCUACAUUAAAUAGUAGAUGUGUCUAUUCAGUUUUUAUUGAUAUUUAUAAUCCAGAAAUCAUAAACCCUCAUUUCUCCUAUGCUCCUUUCUCUGGGAAGUGUUAAGGGAUGGGAGUUGUGGGAAGAACUUGUCCUUGCACCUCCUGGAUUUAUUAUUUUUCUCAAAUACCAACCAGUAAGAUCCCAAAGAACUUGAGAAAAAUUGUUCCCUGACCUGUCCACUUUUGGUAUUAAAGAUUUUACUUACCUUUUUAGUACUUUCUAUGUAUAUUCUAUGUAUGAUUUUAUACAAUUAAAAAUAGAUUUUUGUCUAGUGA